AUGCCCGAACAGAGUCUCAGAAGCAGAUUUUUAGGCAUCGGAGAGGCCGCCGUUUUUCAAUUCGCCAAAUACGGAGCAGCCUCCUUGGCGAUCAGCGAUAUGAACUUGUCGUCUCUGGAGAAAGUUGCGCAACGGCUCAGGGACGAGUACCCGCACGUUGAGGUGGAGGUACUCUACAUCGACACGAGUGAUGAGCAGUCAAUCAUCGAUGCUCAUGAAGCUACCAUCCGACGGUUUGGCCGGAUCGACUAUGCGGUCAAUAACGCUGGGGUGGCAGGCCCAUUCCUACCGUCGGUGGACACAUCUCGAGACCAAUUCAUGUUUGGUAUAGAUGUCAACAUGGUUGGAGUGUGGCUUUGCCAGCGAGAACAAAUUAAGCACAUGCUGAAGCAAGAAGGACUCACUCCGGGGCAUGUUAUCUUUUCCCGGGGCACGAUAGUCAAUAUGUCAUCGAUCUAUGGCCACAAGUGUGCGAGAUCGAACAUAACAUACGGUACUGCAAAGCAUGCGGUGCUAGGCAUCACUCGAAAUGACGCGGUCAAUUAUGGGAAGGAGGGGAUACGCAUCAAUGCCGUCUGUCCAGGGUUUAUUGAGACACCGAUGACCAGGCGACCGGAAGGGCCAUCUGCAGGCAUGCAGGCAUAUCUGGCUACAGUCCCUCUGGCACGUUAUGGGCAGCCUGAUGAAGUUGCCGACGUGAUUUUGUUCCUAUCCUCACCAUUGAGUCGAUACAUGACCGGAACCGACAUCAUGGUAGAUGGCGGAUUCCGCUGUGUGUGA